AUGUCGGACACGCCUAAGCCCAUCGUAGACUCACCUCCUAGUGUUGAGGCCAUUGAGGACUCGGAGCUCAAGGAUGGCCGUAACGAGAUGGAUGUUCAUGACCGAGAGAACGCUGUUGGCUACAGCGAGUACCUUGAGGCUCGCGACAUUGACUUCUCAGAUGCCGAGGCCAAGAAGCUCCGAUGGAAACUCGAUCUCGUUAUCCUCCCUAUGUUCCUCGUCACCCAAGCGCUUCAAUUCAUGGAUAAGACCUCUCUCAACUAUGCCAACCUCUUCGGAUAUCAGGAGGCUCUGGGACUCAAGGGCAACCAGUUCAACUACCUCUCCGCAAUGGUCUAUGCAGGUUACUUCUUUGGUCAAUACCCUUGUGGGUGGCUCAUCGGUCGCUUUCCUGCUCAAAAGGUCAUGGCUAUCAGUGUCUUCCUAUGGGGUCUCAUGGUCAUCAUCAUGACUCAGAGCCGCGACUAUUCAAGUGCUCUGGCUGUGCGGUUCAUCAUGGGUGUUUUUGAGGCUGCCGUCACACCUGGUUUGACACUCAUGACUGGUUUCUGGUAUACCCGACGAGAGAUUCCACUUCGCCAGUGUAUUUGGUACUCAUCUCUGGGAUGGGGCGGUAUUGUUGGGUCAUACAUCUCUAUGGGAGUUUCCAAGCUUCCCGUCGACCUCAAGCCUGAGCGGUGGGAGCUAAUCUUCUACAUCCUCGGCGGCGCCACUUGUCUUUGGGCUUUCGUCAUCUGGUUCCUCCUCCCCGAUUCGCCUUCCAACGCACGAUUCCUCAACCACCGCGAGCGUCUGAUUGCAGUCAAGAGAGUCGCAUCCAAUGAAACGGGUAUCAAAAAUAAGGCAUUCGAUAAGGAUCAGGUCGUCCUUGGCUUCACUGAUCCCAAGACUCUUCUGCUCUUUACCUCGGUCUUUGCUGCCGCCAUCCCUAAUGGUGUCGUCAACUCCUUCUCGACCAUCAUCAUCCGCGACAUGGGAUUUAGCACCACCAGAACUACUCAACUGAAGUCUGUUGGAGAUGCUGUCCAGAUUAUCGGCUUGAUCAUUGGCGGAAGCAUCAUUCUCAACGUUCCUAACUCUCGGCUGCUUACUGCUACGGCUGCCAACAUGCUUUGCACAAUCUCUGCUGCAUGCAUGGCCUACCUUCCCCGUGAUAACACUUGGGGCCGACUUGUAUGUUUCUGGCUGGUCAACACCCAGUCUGUUGGCUUCACUGUGUCUCUGACCACCAUAUCAUCCAACAUGGCUGGCUACACUCAUCGAUCUCUUGCUAGUGCCCUGGUCUUUACUGCCUACUGUUGGGGCAACUUUGCCGGUCCCUUCGUCGUAAAGAAGUCUGAGGCUCCUCACUUCACUGGUGCCACUAUUGGACUUCUAGUAGGCUACGCUAUCAAAUUUUGUUGCCACCUUGGUCUUCUUGUGUACAUGUACCUUAUCAACAGACACCGUAACAAGACCUAUGGUCCGCCCAAUAAGGAGCGUAGUAACGAGGCUGGUAUGCGGGAUCAGACCGAGUUUGAGAACAAGGAUUUCCGAUAUGUUCUGUAG